UACGACGCACAGAUGUCAUUCUGGAAGUAGGCCCGGGAACCGGUAACCUGACAGUAAAGAUGUUAGAGAAAGUAAAAAAAGUUAUUGCUUGUGAAAUUGACCCUAGACUUGUUGGUGAACUUCAGAAGAGAGUCCAGGGCACGUGUCUGGCAAACAAACUUGAAAUCAAGGUUGGAGAUAUCUUGAAAACAGACUUACCAUUCUUUGAUGCAUGUGUGGCUAACUUGCCUUACCAGAUUUCUUCACCUUUUGUUUUCAAGUUGUUGCUUCAUAGACCUUUUUUCAGGUGUGCAAUACUUAUGUUUCAAAGGGAAUUUGCACUUCGUUUGGUUGCAAAACCAGGAACUAAACUAUACUGCAGACUCUCUAUUAAUACUCAGUUAUUAGCUCGAGUGGACCAUCUGAUGAAGGUUGGAAAGAACAACUUCAGGCCUCCUCCCAAAGUUGAAUCCAGUGUUGUCAGAAUAGAGCCAAAGAACCCACCACCACCUAUCAACUUCCAGGAAUGGGAUGGUCUGGUAAGGAUAGCCUUUGUUAGGAAAAACAAGACACUCUCCGCAGCGUUUAAGUCAAGUGCUGUAGAGCAGUUGCUGGAUCACAAUUACCGAAUUCAUUGUUCCUUACAUAAUACAACUGCUGCAUGGCUUCAAUUCAGAAGGCAUCCAUUUCUCAUAGAUACCACUAGAAGAAUGAAGAUGUUCUGUAUUUUGUCACCGAAGUCUUACCUAAGCCAAAGUGACUGCAACGGGACAAGCUCUUCUCACAAAAGCAAUGAACAGAAUAGAGUGUACACACUCUGCUUCUUAUUAAAACCUUACAUGCAACUUUAUCACAGAUAGUAGGCAAGAAGCUGCUGCUCUGUAUUUUAAAAGCGAUAAAUUCUUUCACAACUGAAGUGAGGUGCUGGACUUCCACAUGACAGUGUAUUUUUAAAUAUACCCAAUGACAUGGGUUGAUGCUGCCGUAAUUGAAAUCUGUGUUCUCUGAUCAUGGACUUCACCUCAGUAUAUUCUUGCACAAUACUCAACAGUACAACCCGUAAGUCUGGUCUGGGCACCAAAACCAGAGUUGUAGUCAUUCCAUUCGUUUGGGAUUUUUUGUUUGUUUGUUUGAAAGUGUAUUUAAACACUUUCUUUUGAUUUGAAAUGCCUGUCUCUUCCAUUUGUCCUCUGGUAGCUACCCACGUUCCAAGUCUGUUAGUAAUCUGCUUCUCUUGGAGAAAUCCCAGUAACUGUUUCUCAGAAAGAGCAGCAUUUAUCUUGUGAGCUUGGUAUGAUUUACAAAAACAUUAUCGUGGUACCUGAAACUAGCAGUGUCAUCUCCUUUACCCCCUCAUCGCCAUCAAACCGCUGUAGGAACCAGCAGAAAACAACCAAAGGGCCAGUGCUCAUAAGCAUAGACAGAAGG